AUGUUUCAGGAGAGGAUUCCCGUGGAUCUCCAGGAUCCAGUCCGACGAUCCUCUCGAACUGUUGUGCCUCCUAAACGCCUUCAGGACUCUCCUGAUCUACCAGCAGCGGACACAGCCAUCAAGAAGCGGGUGAGGUGACACCGAACAAACCAGAGAGACACGAACGAGUCUGAGGAGGAGGAGGAAAGAAGUGAGCGUCAGUCGAGUGGACAAGAGGGACUGUCUGUGUAUGAGCUGGAGCGACUGGAGAACAUCCGACAGAACCAGGCCUUCAUGUCCUCCAUCAACCUCUUCCAGGCCACUGACGAGUUGAAGCAAUUUUCCCGACCAAAAGCAUCGCAGAGGGGUUUCAUGAGGUCAAACACUGCUGCAAAAGAAGUUCUGCCCCCUCGAAAAUCCCUUCGUCUCCAAAACAAAGAUGCAGAGAUCCUGACACUUCCCCCUGAACCCACAGGGAAAGUUAUAUAUAGAGAGUCUCCGACAUUUAAGAAGCCUGCUGGUCCUCUGCCCAUGGAUACACUCAACACGGAGGAGGGAAGCAAGCUGCCAUCACAACUUAUUGAAAUCUGCUCAGAGAACUCAAUGGAAGAAAGAAAAGUUGAGCUUGAUCUGCAAAAUUACGGCUCGACUCUGAAGAAAAUGAAGCUGGCUGGGGAGAGAGUGACUAAAGUGGUGAAGGAUCGAAUCUUCUCUGCUGCGUUCCACCCCUGCAGCAGCAGCCUGCUGAUGGCCGCAGGAGACAAGUGGGGGAAAGUUGGCCUGUGGACGAUAGGUGCUGAUUGGGGAGAUGAUGGCGUGCUGGUCUUUGAGCCUCACACUGGUCCAGUUGCCUGUAUGGCGUUCUCCAGGGCUCAGGCCACCCAGCUGCUGAGUCUCAGCUAUGACGGGUCUCUUCGCUGUAUGGAUAUAGAGAAAGCAGUCUUUGACGACGUCUAUGGCAUUAAAAAAGGCCUGAAAACCUUUGACUUCAUGUCUCAUGACUGUUCGACGCUAGUUGUCGGAUCCUGGAAUGGCGAUGUUGCCAUCAUUGACAGGCGCACCCCAGGAAACUCCUCUGAGUCCAUCCACUCACUGGACCCAAAGAGCCUGCGAUGUGUCAGUGUCCACCCUGUGCAGAAGCACUACUUUGCAGUGGCAGAAAGCAAGACAGUGAGUAUUUACGACAGCAGAUGCCUGAAGAAAACAAAAUGCCAGGCAGUCUCCCAGCUGCACGGCCACUCUUUGAGCAUAUCCAGCGCUUAUUUCUCCCCUAACACGGGGAAUAGAGUUCUCACUUCCUGUAUGGAUAACCACAUAAGAAUAUAUGACACAUCUGCAAUGACCACACAAUCUCCCUUGUUGAAAAAGAUCGGACAUAACAUGCACACGGGCCGCUGGCUGACCAAACUAUCAGCGGUGUGGGACCCCAAACAGGAAGAGUGCUUUGUUGUGGGCAGCAUGUUGAGGCCUCGGACAGUACAGGUGUUCCACGAAAGCGGGCGGCUUCAGCACUCAUUCAGAGACGAUGACCACCUUACCACAGUGCUGUCUGUCACUGCUUUCCACCCCACUAGGAACGCCCUCCUGGGGGCCAACGCGUCAGGCCGCCUGCACCUCUUCUCUGACUGA